GCGCUCCCGGGUUGCGCGACAUCAUCUACUCAUUUACGGCCACUGCAAGAACUGCGAGGAAGUUGCCAACAUGGCGUUUACACUUUAUUCUCUCAUUCAAACUGCUAUUCUCUGCUUCAACGCCGUCGCUGUGUUGCACGAAGAAAGGUUUCUCAGCAAAAUCGGAUCAGGUGUAGACCACGCAGUCUCGGGUUUUGGAGAUGACCCAGGAAUGAAAGUCCAAGUCCUCAAUCUCAUCCGCUCCAUCCGAACUGUCAUGCGAGUACCUCUUAUCAUCGUCAACUCCGUCUCCAUCGUCCUGCUGGUUCUUUUUGGGUGACCAGCAAGCAUCAAAGACAACUGCGGAGUCAAGGAAACAUUUCCCACAAACACACACACGCACACGCUGACUUUAAGGUCAAAGCGUUGUCUCACAUUGUCAAAAUCCUUCCAGCUUGAGCAGACUAUUUUUUAUUUUUUGCUAUUACAAUGUUUGUUGUUAUGACACAAGUACAUUUGUCCCUCCACAAAUGCAUUUGGCGCUCCCUGUUUGCCCUCGCUCAUAAACACAUUAUGAUGGGACUGUCCUUACAACUCCGCACAGUAGAUGGCAUUGUCCCUCUUCUUCUAAACGCGCCUGAUCCUCAAGAGAAUAAGAAGAUGUAGCAGGAGGGACAACUUAUAUAUGUAGGCAGUAUUCAGCCCCCCUUUGGUUAGUAUUUGAUAUACAGUGGGGCAAAAAAGUAUUUAGUCAGCCACCGAUUGUGCAAGUUCUCCCACUUAAAAUUUUGACAUAGGUCU